AUGCCUGCCAGAGAAGAAGCGACGAAGAGAGUCAUCUACGCUCCCGAUGCGGUCCCGACCUUGCCGGUCUUUUGCCAUGCUGCUGUCGACCCAGGAACGGGGUUGAUCUUUUGCUCGGGGAGCAUUGGCUGCAACGACAGGUAUCAAUUGCCACCUGGCGGAGUCCGUGUCCAGACGCAAUAUGCCUUAGAGAACCUAGCUAAGGUUCUCCGUGCAGCAGGAUCCUCUCUCGAGCAGAUUGUCAAGGUCAAUAUCUACUUGACAAACAUGCAACAGGAUUUCGGUCCAAUGAACGAGGUCUAUGCUCGAUACUUCAGGGUGGUUCCCGCCAGGACUUGCAUCGGUGUUGCGACGCUGCCGCUGGGGGCAUGUAUCGAGAUUGAAUGUGUGGCACUACCCGGAAGUCAAUACUAG